CAUCUAAUUACAAUCAAGUAUACCAAGGACAUCAUGACAAGUUCUGCAACACCCAGUCGAUUUCUCAAAAAUGUUUUACAGAAUGGCGUCGGAAGACAUGUGUGUCAGCUACAAAGGAUAACACUUUCUCUGUGCAAGUCACAUCCCUCAAGUCAUGCUGCUAGGGAGUUUGUUGAACAAGAUUUGCUUGAUUUUACACAACAAAAUCCUGGAAUUGUAGUUUACAUAAAGCCAAGAAGACAUAGAACUCCCAUGCUUAGGGCAGAAUAUUUAAAUGGUUACAAAGAAGAUGUUACACUACGGAAAUGUAGUAAGGAGGAAAUAUCACAGUGGAUUGGUUUAAUGAAAGGCAGAUCUGGUGGUCAGAUAAUGAGACUACGUAAAGAAUGGCACACUGACACUCCAUCCAUUCAAGGUGUAUGGCAUCCUUUCUUGUUCAAGGACACGAAACUCAAUAUAACUGACAUUAAAGAUAAAAGUUUGUCUCAGUAUGUAUCCCCGUAUAAAUCGGCUUCAGAUAGAGUAAAGGAACUGCAGAAAAGCCAUCAAAAUCAAACAUAUCAAAGUGAUAAUAACAAGACAGAGUGAUAAAUAUUGUGUUAAUGAUACGGCUUGUGUAGAGACAUUUCAAUUGUCUUUAGAAAAAGUGGAAAAGGAUUGGAAUUUGGAAAUAUAAAAUGAAAUGAGUUCAUAAAUGCUCUUUCUUGGCAAGCAUCCAAUUUAUGAAUUCAAAUACCUUUUGUAUAAGAGAAUGGAUGUUGACUCUACAGUAUAGUUUACAAUCUAUGAUUCAAGUAUCAAUCAAGGUUGAAUAUCUCAUGGAAACAAAAGAAAAACAGACAUAAUCAAGCAAGGAAUUAGGCUUUGGUGCAAUGUCAUUUGUUUGAGGAACUUUGUGUCAUUAUUAAAAUUUACAUUGUAUUCAAAUAAA